UGAAUUCCCAGGAAGUGAAAGCAGCAAAACGGCAGCCGUGGAUACCAACGCGCUGCGCAGCUCAGCCACUGUGAAAGUGACGUCGACGACAACGCCCCUGACAAUUUGUCAGCCGCCACCGCCCACUCCGCCCUAUCAGCGGCUAACCAAGGCGCUGCAAUGCGAUCCGCGCUGCGGCCACGAGGUAACCAUCGGCCGUCGGAUUGGCCUUUACAGAUUUUGUGGCGACAUCGGACGCGGCAACUUCUCCAAAGUCAAACUCGCUGUUCACCAGUUGACGCGUGACAAAGUGGCCAUUAAGGUGGUGGACCUGGAUCGGGCUGGUCUCGAUGCCAAGGCGCUGCGAAUGCUGUCCAGCGAGAUAGCCACACUCGAGUGUGUUCAUCAUCCAAAUAUUUUGAGGCUUUUCGAGGUAGUUGAAACUUUGGGGCGGGUCUAUCUGGUCACGGAGUGGAUACGCGGUGGUGAGCUGUACAACCACAUAACCCAAGGAGGACCUCUGCGGGAGAUUCAUGCGGCUCCUUUACUGAAACAGCUCUUGCUGGCUGUCAAGCAUAUGCACAGUCUGGGCUAUGUGCAUCGGGACAUUAAGGCUGAAAAUGUCCUGCUCCUCUCGGAAGAUCGCUUAAAGCUGGCCGAUUUCGGUUUCAGCACCCAACUCAUCAAUGGUGCCAAUCAAAAGCUCGACACGUUUUGCGGCUCCCCACCGUAUGCGGCGCCCGAGCUCUUCUCCGAUGACCAUUAUAUCGGUGCCCCCGUCGAUGUGUGGGCCCUGGGCAUCCUGCUCUACUUCAUGGUGGUUGGCAACAUGCCCUUCCGGGCACCCACAAUCCCCGGCCUCAAGGCAGCCAUUCUCAAAGGAGACUAUCUGCUUCCUGGACAGCUUAGUUUGCCCUGCAUAAGACUUAUACAACGCAUCUUGAUCCACAUACCUGCCCAUCGGCCAACUAUAGACGACAUACUAAACAGUCAGUUUGUGACCUGCCCCAAAUUAAGUGCAGAUCUAAUGCAGUGGGAGAUCAACCAGCACACCAAGCCAGUGAAGCGAUCUAUAUUCUGGGUGCGUAGCAAAUCUCAUCGAUUGAGGAAAUCCGCAUCCUUAAGGGAUCGAUAUGCAGAGGUGGUAAAGAAGCCGGCCAUUAGUAUGAACACCCGUCAGCAAGAUGAGAUGUUUGUGCAGAACUUCCUGCAACCAAUCGAGAUGGGUCAUGAAUUAAUGCUUCAGGGAUCAGGUCAGCUAAAGGAACCACAGUCCACCGACCAGGCCAAGCGUCCAACCAGAAGAUACAUGUUCUGUGGUAGUCUUAAGAAAAAGGUUACACCCAUGGACACAGAGCCGGAGAAACAGUUGGCCAACGGUGGUCAAUGCGGAUCGGCCAAGAUCAAUCCGUGGAAUGUCGAAGUGGCCGACGAUUGUCCUUUGUUCAAGAACUACGACGCGGAGACGGGCAGCUGCAUUAUGUUGCCCACGAACACCGAGGAUCUUAGCCAACUGGGAGCUCUAGAGUUUGAAGCCCGGACAAUUUUGGCCGAACUGGGCUUGUCCUCCGAGAUGCUGAUCAAUGCUAGGCAGAGUGGACCACGUUCUGACAUCAUUGGCGCCUAUAGAAUUGUGGUCAAUCGAUUGCAAAAGCAAUCCUGGCUGGCACGAAAGCAUGUGGAGAUGGCCCUGCAUAGUGAGCCCAAAGCGGAGAAGCGAAUUGAGAGAUCAUGCUGCAUACUCUAAGACAUCCGCGAAUAAUUGUUGAAUGUUUAUAUUACUCUCCUGGUCCUGCUAGGUCCUUGGGUCCCCAGGAAUGAUAAGGCAAACUUGGUUUUCUAUAGAAUUUUUCAAGAAAAAAUGGUAUUUUGUUACCUUUUCUUGGAAAGGGAAACAGGGGUUCAAAGACCCUUAAGCUGAAUUAUCAAAUAUUUAACUUUUUUACUAGAGGCUAUACCAUUGAUCAGCUUAUUCUUUUGAAUUGUAACCAUUUAGAUUCAAUGUCUAAGCUUUAAUGUUAAAAAGUAACAAAUGGUUGGUAAAAAAAGAAAUUGAGGUUAGCAAGUUCUAGAGUAAAAACAAAUUGUCUAAAAAAUAUUCAGAAUAUUUCAAAACUUCUUUAAAAGUAAUACGUAGUGGAAUCAAAACACGAUCAGCUAAUAUUUCUUUAAAAAUAUAAAGGAAUCAAGGGAUUUAGAAAACCCUUAUUAGUUAAAUGAAAUAAAGACAAGUAUCGCUUGAAAGAAGAGAGAAGCUAUCUCUAAGGAUUUAAAAAGAAAAACCAAGAUAAAGGGGAAUCCAAUGGAUCCUUUGGAUAAUCCAGGUUUGCCUUUCUGCUGGGAUAAAGCUGAGAGACCAGAGGACAAGCCCAAUUAGUGUCAAUUUGCCAGCUGCAUAGGCGCGAGUUUGUUGUUAACGUAGUUUCCUACAUUCUUUCCUUGGUUACUCAUUCGAGAAAGUUCCUUAUUUCGUGUAGCUUCAGUUUGUCCAACCGUUAAGUCCAGAGGCGGAUAGCAAAGUUGAUAUAUACAUAUAUAUAGAAAUAUAUACAUAUAGUCCAAGUAUUAUGUAUUUAGUUGUUGGUCCAUUUUUAAGCAUAUACAGACGAAUAUACGAAACGAAAUAAUAUGAAUACAAAACAUAUAAAUACACACUUGGCUAAGGAUCGAUCGAUCUCAUCGAGUCUUCAAUGUACAACGUUGCAUAAAAAUGUUUAAUUGAUCAUCAAAAAAGCGAGUGUGUCUGUAUGUAAGUGUCACUCUCUGUGUGUGUGUUCUUGCCAAAUUGUCUCCCGUGGAGUCAAUAGCGUACAAUAAAGCAGCAUUAUGAAUCGCUAAGAAUCGCA